UUGGUCCUUUAUUUUUUGCAGUAACUUCAGUCAGUAUCUUAGAUAAUUUGAAAAAUAUUUCGUGUUUUCCAAUAAAGAAAAUAUAACUAAAUAUCUAUUUGAAAUAUUGUUUCUUUGAAUUCCCAAUUCUAUGUCAUUCUAAUAUAGUUCAAAAACGGAUGACACUUAAUUUACUGUGAUGAGUUUCCUGUGCAGAUUUAGCGUGCCAUUGAUCAUAAUUAUAGCUGUAAUAAGUUAUUUAGAGUGCUCAAACAAUGUGUUCCAAAAAAUGGACAAGAAAUACUACCUGGUGUCCGAAGCCUACAAUAUGGCGAAGAACCUCUUCAACCAGGGCCGUGCCAACUACAUCAGUUUAAAAAGCAAGUCCUUAAGAACUAUCGACACUUUCCUUGACUUGGUCUACAUCAUGAACGACGAGAUGUCCAAGGAACUGAGGAGUGCGGUCCUCAAGUUCUACAAAGUCAAAUACUUACAUGAUUUCACCAAUUACAUUAUUAGCAUGGAAGAGAUGAUAGAAGUAAUAGAGCACUGCCUAAUAGACCCGAUGGAGAAGUUGGACCAGAUCAGGACGCAGUUCCAAGACGUCAUUAAGAACUUCCAGGAUGUGAGGAACUUCGACUCUGUGAACAAGUGCCACAAGGAACUGCCGGAUGAGGUGUCUGCUGCACACUGUUUGCUGCAUCAGGCCGUACUCUUUAACGAAACGAUGCAAGAAAGUUUAGUAACAAUAGUAGAAAUAAAGACGAGACAACAUGCCCAAGACAUGAACACUUCUUUGUACAACGUCCAAACCUGCAUCAACAACUUUGUACCGAAGUUCUUCGAGCAACUAAUGCUUGAUGCUUACACGGAAAGAUGCGGCUACCUCCGCGUAGUCAACGCUUCCAUUGCAGAUCUAAUAAGAGACAAGUGGAGAGGCAACGAAACCGUAUUCCCGGAGAAAUGGAGCCCCUUGGUGCGGUUAUUGAAGGAGAACAUAAAACAGCCAAAAAUGACUAAAUCAGUUCGUGAAUUGCUCCAAAAUGGGCGUUCAUAUGAUGAAACUGAUCGGAUGCCGGAUAAAAUAACUAUAACUAACCUGGAUAUUUUUAUGUAUCUGGUGGCAAUUGUUGGUCAUUUUGUGGACUUAGGUCUAGAUAUUAAUAUAGCUGUGAGGUAUUCUAUAGCUCUGAAGAUGACGGAGUUCGGAUGGACGCUGGCGUUUAUCCUUGUGCCUGCGUUUGUCAACACUGCUGUUUCUAUAAGGAUCUAUGCAGUCAAGUCUCGUCGUGCGGAACGUAAGCAGGACUCGGCUACACAGCGGAAGUAUUACAGCCUGAUGCUGAAGGAGGACUCAGAUGCAGCCCUGCUUCGGAUCUUCGAGUGCUUCCUGGAAGCAGCUCCGCAGCAAGUCUUACAGACUAGUUUAUUGUUGAGAGCUAAUCCGGAUUUUACUGUUCAUCAGGUCCUGUCGAUAGCGUCGUCUAUAGUGGGUAUGGGUUGGUGUCUCGCGGCGUACCAACGCGCCGUGCGGUUCUACCAGCAGGACAAGUAUAAUAUGAGCUGGAUUGGCACCGCGUUGCAGACCAUCUGGCAUUUUCUUGUUACUUUGAGCCGCAUAAUCUCAAUAUCAGUGAUCGCGUACCUGUUCCCUCAUUGGACGGUCCUAGCGUGCGCUAUUCACGUCUUCAUCACCGCCACGCUGAUACAACUGUUUGACCGUUCUCCGUUCUGCUCGCACAACCGCCUUGCCGAUAUCGCCUUCUCUUUCGCACUUGGAGCAGUAUACAUCUUCACCUACAUCCUCCCAGUAGAAGGCAAAACAAGAUAUAGGUAUACUAUCUACUACAGUAUAUGUUUUAUACAGAAUCUUGCUUGUGGAGCCAUCUGGUACAUAUUCGUGUCCGAUGAAAUGAGGAACUCGAUUUAUUUCUUCCCAGUUUUAGCAUUUACUGUGGUGCCCUACGUUGUAGGUCUAGUUAUAAUGGUCAUCUAUUAUAGGUUCUUUCACCCGGAAAUCAGUAAACGAGGAUUUAGUGUUACGUUUGUUAGUGACCGAGUCAUAACUAAUAGUUAACAUUUGAAGAUUUAAGACAGUAACUAUACUCAAUGAAUAUUGAGAUUGUUAUUAUUACUGUACCGAGAUACAUAUCAGUAUGUAUGUACUGUAAUGCUGAUUAGAAACGUGUUUUGGACAGUUACAAAACAAUUUAAGCGGGUUUAGGUGCUACUCACCAUUAAAGUUAAUCUCAAAUAUUAGUCUUGACACUGCCUGUGGCCUGCGGUGCUCCAUUUGUCAACUCAUCUGUGGUCAAAAUAGGAUCUGAACAAUUUUUUUUUUUUAAAUUAGUACCUGUCUAUUGUGUUCCUGCCUCUUCUUAGUUACCAUUUAAUUUGAGAUAAUUAUAUUAUUCUUGUUAAUUAAUUGGCGCAAUGUUUUUUUAGUAAAUAAACAUAAUAAUUAUAAUUUAUACCUUGAUGAUUAGGAUUGUAAUAAAUAUCGAAAAAUAGGAUUAUCAUUUAGUUAAAUUACAUUGUAAGUUAAAGUCGAAGAUAUAAAAAUUUUAAUAAGAUAUUUCAUCAAAAUUUUAUUAUCUGUCAGUAUGUGUCUCAGUGAAGCUGUUGUUCCAAAGUGUAGUUUCGAAUGGAGAAAGAAGAACGAGCCAGAAACUCCAUUGUUACUCUUACACGUUAAAUGCCAUGGCGGUCUCCUGUGACCAACAUUUACGGAGGAUUUGCCUUCAACAAUUUUUUAUUGGCAGUCAAAGCCUUAAAGAGUGACCAUGGUUCAUUGAUACAUUAUUUAAUUCUGUAAUCUAAUCUCUAUUUUUGUAAAAGUGCUAUAGUAUUUUGACCGAUACUAGCUUCCAAAUUAUAGGUGCAAGAUUAGUACUAAGUGCAGGGGAACCAAUUUCUUUAUUAAAUAAAUUAAUAACUAAUAUCAAUAGGCAUGAUAAGACUGCAUAG